UCGAACGGUCUGUAUGCGAAAUCAGUGAUGUGAUUAUGCAGGACGAGUAUUGUGUAACGACGGGACGAAAUUGAGCAAGAAGAAGCAAGCAACCCCGCUUCGAACCUCGAGGGCUCUCUCCAGGCAACUCUAACAUCGUCCGCUCUGGACUUCGCGUCAUCAACAUGACGGUAUACUCGACAGCCUCGAGCUAUCCAUUUCCGGAACAACAGUCUGGGUCUUUACACAGCAACAUUUUCCAACCACCUCGCACUCCUGGAAUGUCACAUGUCUUCGCAGCCACGCCAUCACAAGACAGGCCUGCGUUGACGAGGAAAAGAUCACGCGCAAACUCCAGCAAGCCAAACACAUCGGCCUCUUUGAGCUAUGCGAUGAGGGAUACCUGGGCGGCACAGGCCAUAAGUCCAGCUCCUCUGGCGAACGAACACUAUACGCUAGACUACAAAUUCGACACGCCGACUCUAGCGGCCGCUGCGCGACACGACGAUCUGGCGGCAGAGAGAGACUUUCGCUGGAAAUGGGAUUCUGAAGACUCGCCCGAGCAAGAGGCUGCACACGUGCCAGGUCUUCUGGCGAGAGAGAGGAACGGAAAGGGCAGAAGUGUCAGCUACUCCAGCAGGGCCAGCACAAGUGAUGGCUUCGACACAAAGGGAUGGGGUGGCUUUGCUUUGAAGCUGGUCGGCGGUGUUGUAGGAAAGAUGUGGCACUUUUGUCGUGCGACUGCUUUCGGCGGCUUCUAUGCUGGCCCUGGACGAGGCUAUGACUUCGCACAAGCCACUCAGCUGCCCAACCCUCUGCCUGCGCAGUACGCGACCAACGACUUCUUUGGCGACUUUGAACAGGAUAACACUCCCGAACGUUCGCUCAAACGACAACAAACAGAGUCUGGUUGGGUCAUGGUAGACUCAAAUCCAGAAGCUCCUCGUCCAUCAAAUCGCAAGACGUCGGCGGACAACCUCACUCAUCUCGGCGCCACGAGAGCAAGCAGUCGUCGCGCCCUCAACUCCGUCACACGUCGUGGUCCCUCACGCCAAACAUCAUACACCGGUUCUCCACAGGCACAAUCUCGGCUCGACGUCUUUAGCCAGGCUUUCGCAGACCGUUCCGCAACAGCCCCCUCCACUGCGUCAACUCGAUCUACCGUACCGCUUCGUCCUACCUUCGACCGUCGAUCAAGCAUUGCCAGUGGAAACGGAGACAACUUGAGUCCCGAUGCACAACGCUUCCUCCACCGCAUAGAAAAGAAAGACCGUGAUGCUGAUAAGAGCAUGCGUAAAUUAGACCGUCAAAUACAAGACCUGAUUCGUCAAGGUCAGGCCGCGCUAGGCACAAAAUUCGAAGUAGAGUCUGACGAUACCGACUUUCACGAUGACGAUGUUGACUGGGAAGAUGCUCGUAGGUAAAUCGAGCCCGAUGAUUUUGAUUCUGGAGUUUUUGCGAAGGGGGAGGGAGAAGAACAAAAUGAUACCCUGGGUCUCCCCCCCUUGGAUGGUGUGGUUCAAAUAUUGUUUUCUACUCUUCGGCUCAUGGUGUUUGCUUGUCGCUAACGACACACGCUCUCUAC